CUGAGGUGGGACUGUGAGUACGGAAGCUGUCCUGGGACAAGAGGAAAGGAGAGAGGGAAAGACCUGGUGAAGGGGCUGAAGCAGGUUGCCUCGACCCCGGACCCCCUGUUCCCAGGCUAUGGCCCCCAGUGCCCUUUAGAUCUGGCGGGACUCCCGUGCUUGCGCCCCCUAUUUGGGGGUCUGGGUGGCUACCGGAGGGCCUUGCAGAGGGGCAGAGAAGGCAGGACCAUGGCAUCUAGGGCCUCUGCCCCUCCCCCAGGGCGCAGCGUGACGGCGGGCAUCAUCAUUGUUGGAGAUGAGAUCCUCAAGGGACACACUCAGGACACCAACACCUACUUCCUGUGCCGGACACUGCGCUCCCUGGGGGUCCAGGUGUGCCGAGUCUCUGUCGUCCCCGAUGAGGUAGCCACCAUCGCUGCCGAGAUUACCUCUUUCUCCAGCCGCUUCACUCAUGUCCUCACGGCGGGGGGCAUCGGUCCCACUCAUGAUGAUGUGACCUUUGAGGCAGUAGCACAGGCCUUUGGGGAUGAGCUCAAGCCACACCCUGAGCUGCAGGCCGCCAUCCAGGCCCUAGGCAAGCAGGGCUGGGAGAAGCUGUCACUGGUGCCCUCCUCUGCCCGCCUGCAUUACGGCACAGACCCUCACACCGGCCGCCCCUUCAAAUUCCCACUGGUCUCGGUCCGCAAUGUCUACCUCUUCCCGGGCAUUCCAGAGCUGCUGCGGCGGGUGCUGGAGGGGCUGAAGGGACUGUUUCAAAACACAGCUGUUCAGUUCCACCUGCGGGAGCUGUAUGUGGCCGCUGACGAGGCCUCCAUCGCCCCCGUCCUGGCUGAGGCCCAGGCCCACUUUGGACACAGGCUUGGCCUGGGUUCCUACCCUGACUGGGGAAGCAACUACUAUCAGGUGAAGGUGACACUGGACUCACAGGAAGAAGGGCCGCUGGAGGAAUGCCUGGCCUACCUGACCGCACGUCUUCCUCGGGGAUCGCUGGUUCCCUACGUACCCAACGCCAUGGAGCAGGCCAGUGAGGCUGUAUACAAACUCGCCAAGUCAGGGUCCUCUCUAGGGAAAAAGGUGGCAAGUGCCCUGCAGACCAUUGAGACCGCCCUGGCUCGGUACAGGCUCACCCAGCUCUGCGUGGGCUUCAACGGGGGCAAGGACUGCACUGCCCUCCUGCACCUCGUCCAUGCAGCUGUGCAGAGGCAAUGCCCUGGCACUCAAGAGCCCCUCCAGAUCCUGUAUAUCCGCAGCAUCUCCCCUUUCCCUGAGCUGGAGCAGUUUCUACAGGACACCAUCAAGAGGUACAAUCUGCGGGUGCUGGAGGCUGAGGGCGAGAUGAAGAAGGCCCUGAGCCAGCUGCGGGCACAGCACCCCCAGCUGGAGGCUGCCCUGAUGGGCACCCGCCGCACGGACCCCUCCUCCUGCAGCCUCUGUCCCUUCAGCCCCACCGACCCAGGCUGGCCCUCGUUCAUGCGCAUCAACCCGCUGCUGGACUGGACCUACAGAGACAUCUGGGACUUCCUGCGUCAGCUGUUCGUCCCCUACUGUAUCCUGUAUGACCGAGGCUACACGUCGCUGGGGAGCCGGGAGAACACAGUGCAGAACCCAGCCCUGAAGUACCUGGGCCCGGGAGGACAGCCCACCUACCGGCCGGCCUACCUACUUGAGAAUGAAGACGAAGAACGGAACUCGCGCCUGUGACCGCCACGCCUGCCCACUCCAGAAGAGAAAGAAGGAGGCCGCCCUGGGGUGUCACCUCAAUAAACAGUGCCUCUCCUCUCA